AGGGGCUCAGGCGCCGAACGGGCUCGGGCGGCGCGCCGCCAGCCCUCCCCGGGCCUCCUUUUUCUCUGAACAGAAAAAGGCUCAGCCCGCCCCUCCUCCUCCUCCUCCGCCUCCCCAUGGCUCCGCCGCGCGGCGUGCGCUUCACGCCUCAGGGGGGUGGGUCGGUGCCCGCCCUGGGGUACGGCACCGCGCACAUCCACAACGUGACGACCAUAGUCGCGGCGCUGGAGGCGGGCUUCCGUCACAUCGACACGGCAGCGCUCUAUGGAAACCACCAGGCGGUUGGCGAAGCUCUGAGGCGCAGCGGGAUCGACAGAUCAAAGGUCUUCGUGACGACGAAGGUGUCCUUCCUCAGCAAGGGGGGCGAGCGGCUGGCGCUGCGCGCGAGCCUGGCGGAGCUCGGCCUGAAACAGGUCGACCUGUGCCUGCUGCACACCCCGCUCACGAACAGCUGGCCGGAGCUGGCGGCCGCGUACCUUCCCCACAGGCUCGGCCGCUUCCAGCCGCUGUCCUGGGGGCCGCUCCGCGCGCUGGCCGGCCCUGCCCGGCGGCUCCUCGGGUGGCUCAACGCCGCCGUGGGCACCGCGCCGGCUGAGGGGGCGGCCGUCCGUCGCGCGGCGUGGCGGGAGCUGCAGGCC